UUUUUUCACAGGUGGUCCAGACCAGCACAGUCCCUUUCUCCAAGUUCUCCACUGAUUAGAACUGAAAGGAUAAGUCCCCAAUUCAGCCUCUGGCCAUCAGACAUCACCAAAAACUUCCCCUAAUUCUGACAGUCCUCUUCUCCUCCCCAGUAUUCUUCUCAAAUGGAAAAGACAUGCCCAGAGGUUGACCUGCAAGACUGGGAGAUUCUCCCAGACAGCAACAGCUUGUUGCAAGAACCGAGCAGCCAUGGCACCAAACCGCCUGAGCUUCUCAAUCAACCUGUAGCCAAUACUGGCUACUUCUCAAUGAAGGUGGAGAAUCCUGCAGUAAUUCCAGCAGAGGAGAUGCACACAGAUGAAGAAGCUGAAUACAAAGCCAUGGAGGAGGAGGAGGAGGAAAAGAAGGAUCGCACAGGAUCUGAACUGAAAGGUAAGGACUUUGGUUGUAACUGGAGAUUGACAGGUAUUGGGGCAGCAGUUGCUGCUACUGUUUGUAUCUUCAUAUUCGGCGGCAGUGGCCGACAGCACCAGAAACAACUGCAGAAACAGAAGAUCCAGUUCAAGAUCUAUGCAGAUGACAAGAGGAUGAAAGAGAUGGUGCAACAGGCGAGAAGGCUGAACCAGGGACUGUCAGCUGUGAGGGGAGCUCCCAUGGGCAGGGCUCGCUUUUCAUUUGAAGGAUAUUGUGCAAAUGGCUGAUUUUGAUCAGUGAGUUAUCUUGUAAAUGAGCAAGCUGGACUUGGGAAAUAACUCAAAUAUAAAUUUGUAUUGUACACAAAAUAGAGAAAUUUGGCUCUGUUUUUUCUUUGAUUCAUAUUAGUUUACUCACGCUAUAAAUCUGAUUCUCAGUUUAAUUCUCCA